UGAGUUGACAACGUAGUGUCAAAUACGUGGCCCAGGGAAAGAAAACAAGCUUAUGUUCACGUUUAUUUACAGAAAAAUAUUGUUUUACUUAAAUACAUAGCAUAAUUAGAAACAAUGGAGUGCUCACAGAAAUAUUUAUAUGUAGCGACAGUGUUACUAGCUGUUUUAUUGAGUAGUGCGAACAGUUAUACCAUCACUGUCGAUGCUCACGAAGAACAGUGUUUUUUCGAGAAUGUAGAGGCCGAUACUAAGUUGGGGCUAAGUUUCGAAAUAGCAGAAGGUGGCUUCCUAGACAUAGAUGUAACAAUCACAGGCCCCGACGGGGCAGAGAUAUAUCGUGGGGAGCGGGAGUCAUCAGGAAUGUACACAUUCUCCGCACCAGUAUCAGGACGUUACACAUACUGCUUUAGCAAUAAAAUGUCUACAAUGACCCCUAAGGUAGUAAUGUUCUAUCUAGAAGUUGGGGAGGCGCAGCACAAAAAAGAGGGGGAAAAAGAGGGUGAGGUGGACCACAACAAACUUGAAGAUAUGAUUAAGGAGCUGGCCACUACACUAACAACUGUAAAACAUGAACAGGAAUAUAUGCAGGUUCGUGACCGGAUCCAUCGCUCAAUAAACGAAAGCACCAAUUCUCGCGUAGUUAUGUGGUCGAUCUUCGAAGCGAGUGUUCUUCUCGUCAUGACUGUAGGUCAAGUAUAUUACCUCAAAAGAUUCUUUGAGGUACAACGUGUGGUUUAACACAUAUCUUGUUUUAUUUUGUACUGCAGAAGUGUAGUCGAGCGAGUGUACGAAAUUCCAUAGUUUGAAUUAUUUACGUACUUAUUUCUUCGAGCUUCGAUGAAAUUUGUAUGAGAUUGAUUAAGGUUGACUAUUUUACAAUUUUUUUUUAUAAUAAAGCAAUUUGAUAAUUCUAAAACUGCAGCUUUACCUUCACUCUCCAUUAAUUGGAGAUACGUACAAAAUCGUUAAAUACCUACUAUAAUUGUAAUAUUAUGUUAUAUAAUAUAUAAAUGUAAUUGAUCAUUUUUGCAAUAUGUAUUGAACAUUUGACCGACUACACUACCGAAUCUCGAAAGCACGCAAUUUUUAACGAGAUUCGCUUUUCGACGUGAUAUACAUGCCUACGUAUUUCUGGAUAAGUAUGGAUCGGUCAACACAAAACCGAGCGUAAAACUCUUAAUGCGUCUAACCAGUGAUUUUUUUAUUUUACUCCUAGGUUUAAUAGAGCCACUUUUCAAAUUAAGAAAUUUUGAUGUUAAGGUUUUAAAAUAAUUAUUUUUUUCUGCUGACAACACAAAACAAAAAUUGAUAAAAAUUUUGUUCUACUGCUAUUGUUAUUAUUACUAUUACUUUUUAAAAUUUUUCAUUUAUAAUAAUUUUGACUGAACUUGGACUUGAAUCCAAGGUCAUGCAAUAAAUUAAACAAAACAUAAAAGUUUACAACAGGAAUACAGAACUCAGUGGAAAUUGCAUAUGGCCAGAGGCUAGACGCCAUAGUGCCAAAAUAUAAGAAAAAAAUCCAGAGUUUCAAAAUGGCCACCGUAAAGACAGAACGAUUUCCCGCGAAAUAAAAUCACUACAAAAUAAAACUAUAGCAUUGAAAAAACAUAUUACAAUCUAAGAUCUAGCAGUAUGGCCAAUUAGAUGCCUUAGCCUGUCCCGAAGGACAAAUUUUUUUAUUUUAAACUACUACUUCUAUCAUAGACGCCUAGUACAGAAUCAAAAAGGUACCUGUCAAAUUUUAAGCGCGUCUACAACCACUAAAAAGGCAAGAAACUGAAGACUUAAUUUAUUGAUUUAAUAAGGAUCAUUUUUACGCUCGAUUUUUCGCUGACAGUAAAUAGAAACAUGUUGAUUUCGCUUAAAAUAUAAUGAAUUUAUAGAAUAUUAUAAUAUUAUUCUGUUCUUAUUCAGAAAUACGCUAAAAAGAGUGACAGGAUACUAACUCGCUCCCAUGCUCAUUUCAUGUUUAUUUAAAUCAUUAAUUAUACGAUUUUUCAACAUUAACUUUUGUAGAACAUCUGUGAAUACACACCGAACAUAUGUAGGUAUUUAAAUAAAAUUUCAUUACAAAAACCUUUUCUACGUCUUGAAGUAAAGAACCAUAAUUCUUUGAUGUUAUAUAAUCGAUAAAAGUUUAUAAGAGAAAUUAACAUUUAAAAUGAUUUUUUUCUAAACUAUGUAAAGUGUGUUAGUAUACUUAACAUGUGACAUUAAUACCAAAAUAGUGCCAUGGCGUACAACUAAUUAGUUACAACUCAGUACUUCAACUUGGGUAUAUUUGCCUGUAUUAUCCUAGUAUGAACCUUUCUUGAUGUGUUCCAAGUCGUUUAGCGAGGUAAAAUUGUAAAUGUUCAUUUACGAUUUGAAAGCUUUGACCGGACAGUACCGUUGUCGAUUCGCACUUUUUGUUUAAUGCCGUCCAGUGUAGCAUUUUGCCACAGCGGAGUUUCAUAUGAGAGUUCGUCCAGGGAAGUACUGCUAUCUUGCCUAUUUCUGCCGCCAAGCAGUAAUCUAAGCGUUACUCCGUUUCGGUUUUGAAGGGUAAGGCUGCUGGUGAAACUACAGGCACAUGAGACUUGUCAACUUACGUCUCAGAGUGACGAGCGCAGCGGUUAGUGCCCCUCAGAUCUAUGCGACUGAAAGAAGCACUGCAAUUGUUAUGGAUAGGCGUGUCGCUUACCAACAGACCCACGACCUAUUCGUGCCUACAUUUGAAAUUGAAAAAAAAAGGGUUUCUUUUCGUAUUGGCGUCACAUGUAGUUAAUAUCAUCACAAGGGAGCGAGUGUAGGCUAGGAUUGAUCUGAGAGAGUGACUGCAUUAUGGAGGUUGUAAGUAGCUACCGCGUUCCGUGAGAUAAUAAAUUAAUAUUUUG